AUUGACGCGACGCGUUUUUGUCACGCGUUUCCUGAUCGAGAUCGCAGUCUCCAAAGUUGCCGUUUGCAACGUUCUUAAGUGAACUAAGUGCUAGUGAACUACUAGUGACUUACUACAUCAACAACGACGACAAGACGACGUCGCUCAAGCACAUUGACUCUAUUACAGUACUCCCGUUCUACUACUACUCAGGGAACUUACUGUCAUGUCAUGGCACCCUUCCUACCACCCAACGUCAUUCUGAGCGGUUUCAAAGAACGCAUAGAAUCGUUAUUGGCACAAGGCGACAAGCUUUAUGUAGGAACUGCGACGGGAAACUUGUAUGUCUACCUUGUGCAUAAUGGUGAAUCCAGUGAAGGGGAGAAGAGGGCAGAGUUGCUUGAAACGAAGAAGGCCUUGAGCAGACGUGCGAUCGAGCAGUUGGCUUACGUGCAGGAUAUCAAUUCACUCGCGGUGCUCUCAGAAGUUUCUUUUGCCACAGAUGGCUCUGUGACUCUGUACCCGUUGCCUAGCUUCUCGCCACCGACGUCGCUACCAAAGACCAAAGGUGCCCUCUCGAUUGCCGUUCAUACCGUCGUCGAACACGAAGAUGAGGCUCAGGCAGCUACGCAAAGCGAUGGCUCUAUUUCUGCAGCCAAGAAUAGAGGUGGUGUACCUGUCGUCAUCACUUACCUAGCUGUUGGAUGUAAGCGCAAGGUCGUCUUCUACUCUUGGAAAGACGGGGAACCGCAGGAUGUCAAGGAAACUACUCUACCACAUUCACCGAGGACUGUGGCUUUCAUGAACGGUGAUACCCUAUGCUUUGGUUAUACCCCUUCGGAUUAUGUGCUUUUCUCUCUGAAGUCGAUGACUACCAUCGAUAUCACAGUCCCUGCGCCAACGAGUACCUCUGCUGCAAGUAUCGGAAGCAUGGGUAUGGGUAUGGGCAUGGGCAUGGGAAUGGGCAAGGGUGCUUUCAGUGGGCUGAGCGGUUAUAUGACUCUUGGGCUCGGUACCAAGACAAAACCUAAUGCUCUGAGAGUCGAUGAGAAGUCGUUCCUCGUUGCCAAAGACAACACUGGAUACUUCAUUGGCGAGGAUGGUAAACUUUCUCGCCCUGUGUCAAUUGACUGGCCUGCACCACCGGAGGAGACAGCAUUUGUCAAACCUUAUGUGUUCUCUGUUCUUCCUCCCGGAUCAGUCCCCAGUUCUCAAGUAACUGCCCACGACACCUCCGCUCCGUCCUUCAUUCCCUCUGCAGUAGUCGAGAUCCGUUCAUCGAUAACCUUGCUCCCUGUCCAGACCUUACCUUUACCUCUGAUACAUCCUCCGCCCGGCGCACCCCCAACGUCCAGUAACCAGACAGUUCGUCUGUUGACAUCUUCACCCGCAUGCAAAUCACCAUUAUACCUUGUCACGACGCCUUCGGAUCGUACGACUGCCAAUGUCGAAGGGAGUUCCAUCGUUGAGUUUCUGAUGAAACCUUGGGCGAUGCAGAUAGACGAGCUUGUAGAGGCGGAGUCGUAUACGGAAGCAUUGUCACUAUUGGAUUCACUUGAAUCUGCUCUCCUUCCUGACAAGGAACAAAGGAAGAACCUCAUACGUGCCCUCAAUGCAGUCUUGCUAUUUCGUACUGGACACUUCGCUCAGGCCCUCAAUACCUUCAUUGAGCUCAAUACCAAUCCUGCCAAAGUCGUCGCGCUGUACCCGGAGAGCGUUGCGGGGAGGUUAUCUGUACCACCGGAAGAAUGGGUGUCACUCUUUGGGGGACCUCGGAAAGUUACGAAGUCGGAAUCGUCGUCUAUUGAUGAUCCUGGAAGUAGUCUUGAAGAGACUAAACCUCAAGAUGCGGGGUCCUCUAUUCAGAGACCGCCUUCUCCACACGGUUCUGUCAAAAGUAUGCUGAAAACUGGGUUGGAGAAUAUUAUCGCUGGUGCGAAGAAGGAUGAUGACACGUCUUCCGUUCGGAGCAAGCGGAAGGAACCACCUAAAGGUCCAUACAAACUACAAUGCACCCUUAUAGCCUCUCGAUUGAUUUUUUCUUGUUAUCCGACAGAUGAUUUUCGACGAUCCAUCGAAGAGCUCAUGCGAUACCUCUCAGAUCGACGUCCCAAGAUUGGAGGCGCUUUGGAUACAUUCCACAUCACGAAUACGCAAGCUCAUGAGAUGCCACCAUUAUCUGCAGCGUCCAUCGAAGACCUAUUUGCGCUCCCAGAUGCACCUCUUUCGGCACUUACUCCAGAACAACUCGUUCGAUAUGCACAGAUUGUGGAUACUGCCUUGUUCAAGUCUUAUCUGAUUGUACGACCCGGUCUGCUUGUCCCUCUGUGUCGAUCCGGUAACUGGUGUGAGGUGUCGGAAGUGGAGAAAGAGUUAAGAGCACGAGAGAAAUUCACUGAGCUUAUCUAUCUCUAUAAUGGGAGGAAGAUGCAUGGGAAGGCUUUGGAUCUUCUCCGACACUUGAGCGAGAAAGAGGCUGACAUGCGAGAUAAACUCAUGCCAUCCGUCACAUACCUGCAGAGAUUGGGUCCGGAACACAUCGACCAGAUAUUUGAGUCUGCUCGUUGGAUAUUCGACCAAGAUCCCGACAUCGCCUUAGAGAUCUUUACUUCAGAAGAAGUCGAACUGCCCCGACAGCAUGUAGCGGACUACCUCGAGAUGUUGGAUCUAGACAUUUGCGCUCAUUACAUCGAGUUCCUCAUCGCCGAGAGAAACGAGCAGUCAGCAACGUUCCAUGAGAGGCUUGCUGAGCUUUACUUGAGGAUGACCUCCGAUGCCAGGAAGCAUGGCGAUAACGAGAAACGCAAAGGAACGUACGGAAAGCUCCUUCACUUUCUCGACACCACCAAUUACUACAGGCCGGAUCGUCUAUACGGACUGCUACCAUCGGAAGACUUCUACGAAGCGAAGGCCAUCUUACUGGGUCGUCUUGGACGUCACGACAAUGCCCUCGAGACAUACGUAUAUCGAUUACAAGACUUCCAGAAGGCGGAGGAAUAUUGCAAGCGAAUCUACGACCCGUCAGGUCCGACAUCAUCAAUAUUCCUCACGUUGCUUCGAAUCUACCUAAGACCAACUCAUCAACCAACCUCACCUACCAUCGACCUCCUUCACCCUGCUUUGAAGCUGAUUUCACGACACAGUCCUAGACUAGACAUCGUCGAGACUCUGAAGCUCCUUCCUCCGCUUGUAACAGCACAAGAUGCUCGUGCGUUCUUGGUAGAAGCUCUGCGGGCGCCAGUGUUCGAUAAGAAGGUCAUUAGCGGGAUUGCGAAAGCAAGGGAUGAACAGAUUGCUCGACGAUUGAUGGUGCUGCAAGCUAAGAGGGUCAAGGUGACAGAUAGUCGGAUAUGCCCGCAAUGCCACAAACGUAUUGGUGGUAGUGUUAUCGCUGUCCAUGCACCUAGGGGUGAGGUGACACAUUACCAGUGCCGAGAGGCUUUCUCGAGGAAACUCAAGGAGCUGAGACAUUGACUUGCUCAAUUCCUCUGUACAUUUCUAAUGGAUAUGGAUUAUACACUACUAUGAAGAUAUCUGGCGUUUCUUUCGCAUUACGAGGCUCAGGUGAUAGGAGUUCUAUGAAACUAUCUUCCACCAUGAUGAUGGUGUUCAAGGGUGCGAGAUAACAUCCUAUGGCCACAUCUUAGGGUUGAUAUCGGUGGAGAGUGAAGGGACUCACCCUUGUUUCAAUGCAAUGGACCUACUUCUCAACGUACAACUUAAAAGCAAUUCCUACAGUGUCUGCAUCGACAGAUGACGGUGAAUUAUCUGCUCUCUUCACCCAGUCGUCCUGCCAGAUGAAAUCCCUAUAGCGGACAGGCGGUUCGUCUGCGGCUUGGAUCCAAACACUUCGGUUCUCCGUAAUAUCGCGAUCAUACAAAGCUGCGACUGCGCUAACGAGAGCGGUGUAAUCAGCCUUAUCGAAUUGUCGACAACCGCUGAAUCGUAUGGUCAUGCACAGCGACCUAUCCAUGCCCCUGGCUCGUAAUGUAUGCUUCAGCUCCUCACAGACUUUGGAGAAAUUUCUAGUCCGGUAUCCUUCAGCAAUCAUGAGGUGUUGUAAAUAAGGCAUCAAGUGAGGAGGUUCAUGACGUGCGCCUGGUCUGCGAUCGUCCUCCUCAAGUUCUGACUUUAAUAAAAUCGGGAGAGAAUCAAGGCAGGCACCACGCAACUGCAGGGAAGCUAUGUAAGGCAUGGCUGCAAUGGUACCCUGGAAUGCGGCGUUAUCAGGCAUACCAGCGAGUUCCAAUGAUCGCACGUUCGAUAAGGGCAGUCGAUGGCAAAAUGCAGUCAGGACUGUUCUGGUGUCUAGACUGGACGAAAUGAUAACACUAAACCGUCGUCCGGUGUCGUGAUGACCAUCUACACUUGUGAAGCCAUCAACGUUAACGCCCCCUGACAGUUCAUUCACGACUAACAGUCGAAUGAUAGGUAAACUGUAUUGAGUAUUCAGCUUUUCUGCCAGGGUGAUCGUGAGAUGUGCUAUAUCCUCGUCCGAAGCAGCAGUAGUAAUGAUGUUCAUCUCGGC